GGGUGUGGGCUGGUUUUUAGUGGUUUGGGUGUAAAAUGGAUCUUGCUAAGAAACUCCAGCAAUCCGAGAAAUCACUAACCUCUACUCAACUAGAAGCUUCCCCACUGCAGGAGCCAACAAACUACAAUACCUCUUCUCUGUCUUUCUCAAAGAAGCUCACGUCUCUGGUCAAAGGUCCCGAAAGACUAUGGAGCACUACUCUGUUAGCAAUGACAGCUGCCCUUCUAACAGUGGUAGGUGGCUACACCAUUGCAUAUCCAUCCUCCUCACUGGAGGACCUCCAAAACAUAACUGAUGGACGUGCCAUCAAAAAUGGAUCGACCUUUGAAGAUGUAUAUGGAGCUAUUACUCCUAUUGGUGCAUUAUUUGGUGGAAUAGUAGCUGGCUCAUCAGCCGAUGUCCUCGGACGUAGGCCAACAAUUAUCAUAACACUGUUACCAUAUUUUGUGGGUUGGACAAUGCUUGGUAUAUCGUGGUACAUUAAGAAUGUCCUAGCUUUCAAAGUGAUCUUACUAGCCGGUCGUUUUAUUUCUGGAUUUGGACUAGGAUGGGCCGUGUUGAUUGGGCCUGUUUACAUUGGUGAAAUAUCUCUUCCGUCUCUGCGUGGAUUAUACAGCUCAUUUCCACAAUUGUUCCUUAAUAUUGGGAUCAUGAUGUCUUACUUACUCGGAGCCACUGGUUUAAAGUAUCACUAUCUUGCUUUCAUUGCCUCUGGAUUCACUCUCGUCAUUUCACUGGCUAUUGUAUGGGUCCCAGAGACUCCUCGUUUUCUCAUUGCUAAAGACAAUGUAACAAGAGCAUUGAAAACCCUUCGGUUCCUACGAGGGCACAAUGUGGAUCCUAAAGAGGAACUGAUUGAGAUUGAAGAGGCUAUCACAAUGCAAGAGAAACUGUCUUGUCUUGAAGUAUUAAAAGAGCUACCAAAAAGGAGUGUCUACCUUCCAUUUAUGCUUGUCAUGCUACUGAUGUUCUUCCAGCAAUUCUCUGGCAUUAAUGCUCUUGUCUUCUACAGUGCCCCAAUCCUCCAAAGGGCAGGCUUUGGUAGCAACUCUGCCUUCUUGGCUCUGAUGACUGUAGGGAUCACUUCUCUACUAGCUACAUUCCUCAAUACACUCAUUAUUGAUCUCUUUGGUCGUAAACUCUUACUGAUGACUAGCGCAACUUUGAUGGCUUUGAGCUCGUACGGGCUGGGCCUCGUCAUGCAAGACACAGCUCUUAAAUCAGUGGCAAUCGUCUCAGUGAUUGUUUUCCAGGCAGGAUUCUGCAUAGGAUAUGGCGCAACACCAUGGAUAAUGCUACCAGAAUUGAUCCCUCUUCGUGUGAGAGGCCUUCUUGGUGGAGUAACAGCUGCUUUCAACUGGGGCUGUGCCAGUCUCAUCACUGGAUUUUAUUUUGUAGUUUCCAACAAGAUUGGCGCCGACAUAGCUUGGUGGAUAUUUGCCGGCAUUAACGGACUCUCGGUAGCUUUCGUUGCCUUUUUUCUCCCAGAGACAAAAGGAAAGAAACUCGAAAUGACGGAAAAACUAUUUACAAAUAAUUACAAAUUUUGCACAUAACAAGCACAAAUUAUUAUUAUUGUUUUUUUAUGCUGACAAAUAUUAUGAAAU